ACGAAAUCCUCCAAAAGUGCCCAGCCCCGACGCAGACCUUCCAGGAGCGUGAGCGUGGCCCAGACCAUGGAGGACAGCUGCGAGCUGGACCUGGUGUACAUCACCGAGCGGAUCAUCGCCGUCUCGUACCCCAGCUCGGCCGAGGAGCAGAACUUCCGCAGCAACCUCAAGGAAGUGGCCCAGAUGCUCAAGUCCAAGCAUGGAGAUAACUACCUGCUUUUCAAUCUGUCCGAGCGCAGACACGACAUCAGCAAGCUGCACUCCAAGGUGCUGGAUUUCGGGUGGCCUGACCUGCACACGCCUGCCCUGGAGAAGAUCUGCAGCAUCUGCAAGGCCAUGGACACGUGGCUGAGCGCCGAGCCCCACAACGUGGUUGUGCUCCACAACAAGGGAAACCGAGGCCGGAUGGGAGUCGUGGUGGCCGCCUACAUGCACUACAGCAACAUUUCAGCCAGCGCGGACCAAGCCCUCGACAGGUUUGCCAUGAAGAGGUUCUACGAGGACAAGGUGCUGCCAGUCGGGCAGCCGUCACAGAAGAGGUAUGUCCAUUACUUCAGCGGCCUGCUGUCCGGCACGAUCAAAAUGAACAACAAGCCCUUGUUCCUGCACCAUGUCAUCAUGCACGGGAUCCCCAACUUCGAGUCCAAAGGCGGUUGCCGGCCCUUCCUGAAGAUCUACCAGGCCAUGCAGCCGGUGUACACGUCCGGGAUCUACAAUGUGCAAGGAGACAGCCAGACCAGCAUCUGCAUCACCAUCGAGCCCGGACUGCUCCUGAAGGGAGAUAUCCUGCUGAAAUGCUACCACAAGAAGUUCCGGAGCCCGACCCGAGACGUCAUUUUCCGGGUGCAGUUCCACACCUGCGCCAUCCAUGACCUCGGCAUUGUCUUUGGGAAGGAGGACCUGGACGAAGCCUUUAAAGACGACCGGUUUCCGGAGUACGGGAAGGUGGAGUUUGUGUUCUCGUACGGCCCCGAGAAGAUCCAAGGGAUGGAACAUCUGGAGAACGGCCCCAGCGUUUCCGUGGAUUACAACACCUCGGACCCCCUCAUCCGAUGGGACUCCUACGACAAUUUCAACGUCCACCGAGAGGACAGCAUGGAGGAGGUCCUCGGGCACACCCAGGGGCCGCUGGACGGGAGCCUCUAUGCCAAGGUGAAGAAGAAAGACUCCCUCCACGGCAGCACCGGUGCCGUCAACGCCAGCCGCGCCCCCCUCUCCGCGGCGCCCAACCACCUCGAGCACACGCUCUCCGUCAGCAGCGACUCGGGCAACUCCACUGCUACCGACAAGACUGACGAGCAGGCGGCGCCCAGCGGCGGCCCCCCGGCGCUGACCCCCGAGGAGAAGCGAGAGCUCGAGCGCCUCUUGAGCGGCUUCGGCUUGGAGAGCGAAGCCCCCAUGCACAACCGCCACCCCGGGGCGGCGCCGGCCGGCGGCUCCGCCCUCACGGGGCGCCAUGUGGUGCCGGCCCAGGUGCACGUCAACGGGAGCGCCGCCGCCCUGGUGGCCGAGCGGGAGACGGACAUCCUGGACGACGACCUGCCCAACCAGGACGGGCACAGCGUCGGCAGCCUGGGCACCCUCUCCUCCUGCGACGGCACCACCAACGCCAGCGAGGUCGGCUACCAGGAGGUGCCCCGGAUGGAGAGCCUCUCCUCCCUGCCCAACGGCCCGUCCAGCUUCGACGGCGCGGACAAGCUGCACAAGGAGGGGCUGUAUGACUCAGAGCCGCUGAUCAAUGGGGGGUACCCCUACAACAACCAGAAUACGCUGCGGAGCAUGAUGGGGCGACACCCCCAGCCCCCGCUGAGCCAGAUCCGGCCCUCGGUGUCUGCUCAGGAGAAUCUGUCCGACUACCAGCAGCAGCAACCCGGCUUCCCUGAGCCCGGCUGGCUGCUGCCCCGGCCGCCGGCCACCACGCAGCCCUACCUGUAUGGCUUUGACUCCAACGACAUGUACCGCUCUCAGUCCUACCCAGCCGCCGAGCCGGGCCUCCAGCUCCCCCAGGCACCGGCUCGGAGCACCAGCAGCCGGGAGGCCGUGCAGAGGGGCCUCAACGCCUGGCAGCAGCAGGGCGGCAGCAGCGGCGGGAGCAGGCCACCCUCCCGCCAGCAAGACUGCGGCCUGGAAAGCCAAAGCCCUAGUGUCUCCAGUUCGAGCCCCCAGCCCAGCCCCUUGCAGGUGGCCCCCCCUCCGAGCCACAGCAUCCCUGAGUUCCCCCAGGUGGCCUCCCCGAAGGAGAUCGAGCAGUCGAUAGAAGCACUGAACAUGCUCAUGCUGGACCUGGACCCGUCCGUCUCAACGAUGCACAAGUCCCAGAGCGUCCCCGUGGCCUCCACAGAGGACCAGCCCGGCCCGGUGGUCUCCUCUCUGUCUGCCCAGCCAGUGUUGGGUCUUCCUAGCCAGGCGGCCCCUCAGGUGACCCAGCCGAGACCCAGCAACGCCUUCGGAGCCUUGCCGGCGAGCGUGUCCCACAACGCCAUGGGCACUGCUGUCACCCAGCCCCCACCGGCUUCUGAACCGCUGGCCAAAGCCUAUCUGCCAGGACCGCCGGGCCGGGGCGCUGGCGAGCCAGAGUACAUGGGGCAGGAUUUUGGGGUGUCCUACUCACCCUACGGCUAUCAGAACCAGCAGCCACCUGUGCCGCAGACAAGGAGCUACAGCCGCCCCCCGGGAAGCCCCCCAGCCUCUCCCAUCCCUCUGGCAACAGCUUACAGCCCCGUGAGGCCUCAGCAGCCCCUCAUCAUGUCGCCCCCAUCCCCCACAGCGACAGCCCAAGCCCAGAUGCCCCCGAAGGGAGCGGAGCAUCACCAUGAGCCUGCCAGACCCUCGGAAGAAGAGCCCUUGAACCUGGUAGGGCUGGUGGCCCACAGAGUAGCAGGGGUGGAGUCACGGGACAAGUCCCCGGAGGAGCCCGGACCGCUGAGCCGAAGACGCAUGACCAGCGACGGCCAGUACGAGAACAGUCCCCAGGAGCCCGGCACGCCCCGGAGCCCCACUGCCCGAUCGCCGGUCCACAGCUUCUCGCCAGAGGUGGUCAGCAGCAUCGCCGCCAACCCGGGAGGGAGGCCCAAAGAGCCUCAUCUCCACAGCUACAAGGAAGCCUUUGAAGAGCUGGAGGGGACCUCUCCACCCAGCCCACCCUCCAGCGGUGUGCGCUCCCCACCCGGCCUGGCCAAGACCCCGCUGUCUGCAUUGGGACUGAAGCCCCAUAACCCAUCCGAGAUUCUGCUGCAGCCGACGGGAGGGCCCAGGAGCUAUGUGGAGUCGGUGGCCCGCAAGGCGGCGACGGGGGGCGGGGGGGCGCCCCAGAGCCCCCCAACUCUGCAGGCUUACAGUACUGAGACGCCGAUGAGGAACGGGGCCUUCAUGAACUCCUUCGCCCCCCCCAGCCCCAUCUCCACCAGCAGCCCCAUUCACAGCAUGGACGGGGUGUCGAUCCGCAGCUACCCGUCCGAGAGCAGCGGCCACAGCACCGCCACGCCCCCGCGGCCCUCGGCCGAGUCCAGCUUCCAGGCGCCGUCGGCACACAGCAGCUACCAAAACGCCUCGCCGACGUCCUUCAGCCAGGGGGGCUACGCCAGCCCCGAGUACCCCGAAGGCCGAGCCGGUGCGAGGCCGCAGCCCCAGGUCAGCGUGGUGGGUGUUCACAUCCUGCCGGGGAGCCCCCACACCCUUCAAAGGACGGUGGCCACCAACACGCCGCCAAGCCCCGGCUUCGGGCGAAGAGCACUCAAUUCCGGCGUGGCAGCCGCUCCCGGGAGCCCCGGCCUGGGCAGGCACAUCAUGUACGGCUAUUCCACCCCGGAGGAGCAGCGUCCCACGCUGUCCCGGCAGAGCAGCGCCUCGGGGUACCAGCCCCCCUCCACCCCGUCGUUCCCCGUCUCCCCGGCCUACUAUCCCGGCCUGAGCAGCCCGCAGUCCUCCUCCCCGGACUCCGCCACCUACCGGCAGGGCAGCCCCACGCCGCAGCCGGUGCUGCCCGAGAAGAGGAGGAUGUCGGCCGGGGAGCGGUCCAACAGCUUGCCUAACUACGCCACGGUGAAUGGCAAGAUGUCCUCACCCGUCUCCAGCGGCAUGUCCAGCCCCAGCAGUGGGAGCAGCGUGGCGUACCCACACACCCUGCCUGACUUCUCCAAACUCUCGCUGCCAGACAGCAGCCCCGAGACCCGGGCCAACGUGAAGUUUGUCCAGGAUACCUCCAAGUAUUGGUACAAGCCAGAGAUUUCCAGGGAGCAGGCCAUCACACUACUGAAGGACAGGGAGCCCGGAGCCUUCAUCAUCCGAGACAGCCACUCCUUCCGGGGAGCCUACGGGCUGGCCAUGAAAGUAGCGUCUCCGCCUCCCACCAUCCUGCAGCAGAACAAGAAAGGAGAUAUAACCAAUGAGCUGGUGAGGCACUUCCUGAUCGAGACCAGCCCGCGGGGGGUGAAGCUAAAAGGAUGCCCCAACGAGCCCAACUUCGGAUGCCUGUCUGCUCUGGUGUACCAGCACUCCAUCAUCCCACUGGCCUUGCCCUGCAAGCUGGUCAUUCCCGACCGAGAUCCCACGGACAAAACGAAAGAGGCGGCCUCAGCCGCCAACUCGGCGACAGACCUGCUCAAGCAGGGAGCUGCCUGUAACGUGCUCUUCAUCAACUCGGUGGAGAUGGAGUCGCUGACGGGCCCACAGGCCAUCGCCAAAGCCAUCAGCGAGACGCUGGCCCUGGCGCCCACACCCACCGCCACCAUCGUGCACUUCAAAGUCUCUGCGCAGGGAAUCACCUUGACGGACAACCAGAGAAAAUUGUUCUUCAGACGACAUUAUCCCCUCAGCACCGUCACCUACUGCGACCUGGACCCCCAGGAACGAAAAUGGACUAAAUCAGACGGCGGAGGUCCCGCAAAGCUCUUCGGCUUUGUGGCCAGGAAGCAGGGAAGCACAACGGACAACAUUUGUCACCUCUUCGCCGAGCAGGAUCCUGACCAGCCGGCCGCCGCCAUCGUCAAUUUCGUGUCAAGGGUCAUGCUUGGCUCCGGCCAGAAGAGAUGA